AUGCGUACUGUGUUCAGAGCGGGGUAGCACGUGUGGCGCGAGUACCAUGUUUAAGAUUAAAUGAAAAUAAUGUGGAUAUCUAGACUUCAAGUAGGCCUAAUAUUUUUUAUGCAAGACGCGGCUUCUCUGUGAAAUUAUAUACCCCGGGAACGUGUCUACUUGCUCGUACACACGGUUAUUACUACCUUACUGGUUUAGCUAGCUAAAUCUUGCUCAGACCUGUCAAGUCUAAGUCUGGACUGGCCGCGUGGUGCAUUUAGAGCGUAGAUUACUUUUAAACACCACCAACAAAAAUGGAUUAUACUUUUCCACCUGAGCUUUUCACAUCUUAUUUUAACUCUGGCCCCCCAAAUUCUGAAUUUGCCCAUAACGUUGGAGGUUGGGGUGUGUAUGGUCAAGUUAAAGAAGCAAGCUCCAUCAACAAGCAACAUGGGCCAGGUCCAACACUACCAACACACACACAAUUUGUAACAAAGCAUCAAAUGGAAGGAGAGACAUGGUUGCCAGUUGAAUCUCUGACGCUGCCCCUGUUUCCACCAAAAAGAGGUCGUAAAUGGCUCUCAACUGCUUUAUCAGAUCCACUGGACUUUUCAGAGCAUAUGCAGGACUACUACCUCCAUAGAUCCCAAGAUGCUUUUUACACCAUGAGCCAAUUCCUAGAGGAAAAUCUCUACAGUGUGACCCCAAAAGCAAAGGGGAAUAGUUCAAUAUUUCCCAGGACACAUAGCUUCAUGGAAACACUGAAGUAUAAAUUGUGUGCAGUCACCCACAUGAAACCCAGAAUCAAGGCAUACCACAAUCUCUUAUCUGAUUUUAUCUAUGACAUCCCUCCUGAGCUUCUGGCUCACAACCUCUUUGAGGAACUGACCCAACAAAGGGAACUGGAGCAGUUCUCUGAAAAGGCAACAGGGGGCGCCCUUUGUUACAUUCCUUUUUCACAGCUCAACAACACUCAGCAAGGCUGCUUGUUGUAUCCAGGGGAUACUGGGCUCCACUCCAUUAAUUUUCAUAGAGUAGCACUGGAGUUCCAUGAAGAAGGGCCUCCCUGUAUUGAUUCAAGCCUCAGGCCUUUUUCAUUCCAGGUCAACGGUACAGUAAGGCAGAUCUGCACUGGUACGCCACAAGAUACAUCAUACGUUGGUGUUCGAUCAGACCAUAUGUGUGGGGUGUGGAUGGUUAGUGAGAAGGACGAGCCCAAGACUGUUGAGGUCAUCCAGACCAAGGAGGUUGCUACAUGCCUCAGCAUCAGUCCCCAUAUCCAAGGAGAGCUGCUUGUGGCAAGUGAGAGUGGAGUCACUCAUCUGUGGACAGUAGGAAAAGGCCGGCAGAAGUUCCGUAAGGAGGACAGUAACCUGUACUUCAAUGCAAGAUCGGCAUGGCGAUGGUGUGACUUCUCGGCGCACCCCAGGGUGAUGAUCUAUGCUGACAGAACGGGCGUGGAGCUUACAGACAUCAGAACCAAAGAGAAUUGUAGCCAUACUCUAUUUCGCAUCGGCCAAACCCCAGAUUGCAAGACUGGCGAGAGAGUCAUCAUGUCCAAAUACCUGCGAGAAGUUCACAUGUUCCACCAUCUCAUAACAACUCAGUUUUCGGCAUACAUCCUGGACGAGCGCUUCCCAUGCAUUCCUAUGAUUAAGUGGGAUCACAUGAUGGACGAUCCUCCCAUGUUUGCCCAUAUCCUGGCUCCUAACUCCUCUGGGGCCGGAACCACCAAGGUUGUCCUGGGCUCUCAGCGAUCCCAGGAACUGACUCUUCUACAGUAUUCAGGUGGUCGACAGCAUGCAUGCUGCACCAGAGGCCCCCCCACGGCUCUGCUUAGGCCCCGAGACAGCCUUCGCCACCUGCCUACCCAGAUCCCACACCGCCACCACAUCGCCCAGCAGAGACUGGCACUUCAGGCUGCCGGCGUGACGUGUAUCCAGCAGAGCCAGGGUGCGAGGGACAUCUGCGUGCUGCAGCUGACGGAAGCUGGGGAUGUCUUCUAUCAGAUGCUGAGGCCACAGGCUGCAUCGAGCAAAGAGGAUAUUGCCACACCCACCCAGAACUCGGAGGACAUUGACCAACCAACCUCAGUUCAACACCGAUCGUCAUUGGACACGUUGCAAAGACUCUCACAGGAUAUGUCGGUCCCCGAGGAAACAGAUUUGGGGCAGUCAGAGUUUGAACUGGACAACGGUCAGGGUAUUUCAUCAUCUGCAUCUCGGCCUGCUGAGGCAAGUACCGCUUGUGCUGCCAGACCUAGCCUAGCCAAGGCUGGGGAUAAUGCUCUCCUUAAAUGGAAAAUCUGGCUCUUCAAGCUAGUCAGAAAGAACCAUCGUAAGCAACGCUUCCCACACAACACUAUCAGAGCCAGAGGUCUUUUCAAUACGUCUGGUGAGACUGAGAGCCGUUGGCGAGAACCCAUGGAAGAGGACAAGCGAGACAGCCUAAGACGGGAAGUCAAAGAAGCGAUGAAGAGAGGGGAAGUACUGGUCCAUGGUGCCACCCACCUGCCGCUGAUGGAGCUGGUUUCUGUCCCAGGGCCCGUGGAGCCCUCUGCAUGGACGGACGAUCUAAGCCAGAGGCUGAGUGUGUCCUGGGAAGGUGGCUGGAAGGUCUGGUGGGAGGAGAAGCUGGGAAUGAACCAGGAGUCAAAGAUACAGGCGCUCCGCAGGAAGCGGCGGAGGCAGAAGAUGGCCCGGGUGCACAACCGGAUCGGGCUCUCUGGCAGCUUCACCUCCUACCAGUCUGACCCGGACGAUCUCUUGUGCUACACGUCGGCUACCAGUCAGAGCGCUGCCUCCGACAGCGAGGGCACCAGUUUCUCUUUGUUUAGUGAUGACCUUUCUGAACCAGGAUCUUACAAAACCUCUCAAAUGCGCGAAAGGACUGCUCGAGUGAAUGAGGAGUACCAAAGUUCUCUGUUUGGAUCGCAGGAACCCUCUCGUGGACUCAUCGAGGAAGGCAUCCCUAGUGCCCCUCUAGCCACGUCAUCUCAGAUGUCCAGUGUUUUUGCAUCACAAAAAACUCCCUGCAUAGGAGGCUCGUCCCAAACCUCCCUGUCCCAACUCAAAAGGAAGAAGUCUCGCAUGGGCUUCUGAGUGGUAAUGGAUGGAACUGAUUGGAUUAAGUGAUCAGUUUGACCUGUAUUGGUAUGGUUAAAGAUUGCAGUGUGAUAAUGCAAGUGUGUGGGCUAUGUGGAGUUGAUGGCCAUGGUUUUAAUUACUUUUUUUUCAGAACAAAGGCUGUAUCAUUAGUAACCUUGUUUCCUAAAAACAACAAAAAUAUAGGAAUCAAAGUUUUUAAAAAUAUUUUUUUAUCGUUUUUUUUUUACAGCUGGCAAAAAUAAUAAGUUAAUAUCUACAUAACAGUAUUCACAUUUUUUUGUUGUUUUUACAUUAUACAAAUAUACAUUUUUUUUUUUGUAUUGACAUUUAGUAUGUUUUUUGGACGUUUUUCAUAACAUGAUCUUUCAUUCAUACAGUUGAAAAAGUAUCUACCACAACUGAAAUUGGCAAUUUAGAGGUUUAGAAACACCUUACAGACUCACACCAAUUUUCUUUUAACACCAUGCAAACCAACAUUACAAAACAACCUUGGGAAAAAUCUAACUGGUCACCAGGCAUAUACUGUUACUCCUCUGCCACUCCAUGAUGACAUUUGUACAAAACUGUGCAAAGUACAUUUCCUGGGGUUACUGGUACUUCCCAGCAAAACAACAGUCCUUGUUUUAUAACAGUCUAUUGUACCUUGGCUGUUCUGUAUAGUGGCUUGGAAUGUGACAAAUCCAGACAUGCACCUCCAGCUAUUAAAAACACAACUAGUCCAAAACAAAUUUAAGUUAAUUCAGCUGCCAGGUUUGUGCAAAUCUGGUACAUUUCUGUACUGCUUUAAGCUUGAAGAUACAGUAUAUUGAUUAUUGGUAAGGGCACACAGUAUGGUAACCCUUUUGUAACUCGAAUAAAUUAACAACGCUGUUCCACAGUUCUGUGGUAAAAAAAAACCGUGGCCCUCUAGCUGAGGUCACUGUUAUAAAUAUUGGGGUUAAGGGUUCUAGAAGGUUGGAUGCUUGUGUUUUUGGCAACGGAAGUGAAGAGGGAAGUAGGGCCCUUCGGCGUCACUACCAAGUGAACUGCUCAGGCUCUCCUCCCCUGAGCUCAUGUCUUCACAGGAGUCCUCACUGCAGAAGAUGACAUAAAAGAACAGUUAGUCACAACAGCAGCACUUGACAGAUCUCAUGAUCCCAAGCUUGGGUCAUGUUCUCUGUUGUAAAGUCCAAGUCUCGACAUGCUUAUGCAUGCUCUUACGUCAAGUAUCCUAGGUUUGGAAACUUGCUGCUCGUACGCGAUUAAUCACUCGUACGUGUCGUCUUCGGUCUGAGUAAUAUGAGUGGACUAGACUGGGUUGAGCUACGGCACAAAAGGCUUGGCUAGCUCUGACGCAACAUGGGACACGGUGACGGGCAGGAACUACAUUUCAAACUUCUAAUGAACACCACGCCUCAGGGAAGUGGUAUCUGUUGUAAGAACUGAAACCAGGAGUGGGAAUAUACCAAUAAUUGUGUGUGUGUGACGAUGAAACAUUCCUUAUAAAAGGCUGGGCUGAGCGUCAACAAUUUGCUGGGGAUUUUCCAGGUGCCACAAAUCAAACGAGCGGGGUGUUUCCGUGUUGGAUAUUUCCUCGUUCCAUCAUAUGAAUGAAUGUUUUGAAUAUUAAACUGUGCAUUUUGUGUUUUCCCAGA